AUGAUUUCUGCGCUCCAAACCCUCAUUCUGCUCUUCGGCACAACUCUCGGGCUCAGCGUGCCGCUGCUAACAAACACAGCCGAGCGCAUUAUCGGCGGCCAACCCUCGCUCCCCUCCGCCUUUCCCUUUGCCGCAUCGCUGAUAAUCCGGCUUCCCGGCGGCACUGGCUUCUGUGGCGGCACCCUGAUCAGCGACACACUGGUGGCCACCGCGGCGCACUGCGUCUACAACUACAGCCAAGGCCGGCCCUGGCCCGCCACCGCCAUGCGCGUGGGACUCAACAGCAACGUGCUGGAGAACCAACGCGCACUGCCUGUGCUCCAGGUCUACGUGCAUCCGGCGUUUGACCCGAGGGAGCCUAAAAACGACAUCGCUAUUGUGCGUAUUCCGUCUUCGGGUGGGGUGGAGACCGCCAGGGUGUUUGAUGGCAAGCUGCCCUCGGGCACGCGGCUGACGGCUAUAGGGUGGGGCCGGACAUCGGCGGCACCCGGGUCGGUGCUGCCGAGCGCCCUGCAGCAGACCGCGAUUGCUGUCGGAGAAACCGAGUCGUGUGCACAGUUCGUGCCUGGGUUUAAGGGCAGCGAUGGUCCGCAGAUCUGCACCGAAAACAGGCUGCUUCCGGGAAAAGAUACUUGCCAGGGAGACUCUGGCACCGGAGUGUUUGUGGAGGAUGCGGGAAAGAUGUUUUUGGCUGGACUGACCAGCUACGGAGCGAAUUUGAAUGGUGAUCCGACUUGUGCCUUGGAUGAUGGGUUUGCGGUGUAUACCCAUGUGGCGUUCUAUCGCGCGUUUAUCAAUUCUGUUGUCAAGUCUGCUGCUGCUGCUCGCCGGAGAAGAAGGGUUGCUAGGGAGCGAGCCAGAUCCACGGUGACUGUACUUGUACCUAUUAUGCCUGUUGUUGCUGCUAAUGCGCUUUAA